UCAAAAAUCAAUGUUUUGGCUAUGUCAGAAAAGCAAAAUGAGAAAAAAACCAUGGAUCUUGAAAAACGAAUGUACGAAGUGCUACAUACAGACUUCAAACAUCGUGAAUUUAAGACGCCUUUGCAAAAGAGUGCAAUUGAAGAAAUUUUAAAAGGUAAAAAAGAUGUAUUUAUUUCUAUGCCCACUGGAGCAGGCAAGUCCUUGUGCUACCAGCUUCCAGCAGUUUUGGCUCAAGGUGUUGCUGUGGUUGUCUCCCCCUUGAUAGCUCUCAUGCAUGACCAACUGGAGCAGCUACAAGCCAUUAACGUGCCUUCAGAGACUCUCAACUCCAAGAUGACCGUCUCCGAGAGGAAACGAGUCUUAGAUGAUCUCAAUUCUAGGUCUCCAAAGACGAAGAUGUUGUAUGUAACUCCCGAACAAGUGGCAACCGACUUCUUUCAAGGUCUUGCCACCAAGCUGCAAGAAAGAAAACUGAUUUCUUAUUUUGUUGUUGAUGAAGCUCAUUGUGUGUCCCAGUGGGGACAUGAUUUCCGUCCCGACUAUCUGAAACUCGGCAAGCUGAACAAACGACUUUCUGGUGUGCCCUGCAUAGCAUUGACUGCCACAGCCACGGCAAAAGUGGUUGACGACGUCAUCAAACAACUCAAGUUGAAGGAACCUGUAGCAAAGUUCCGCUCCAGCUGUUUCCGUAGCAACCUCUUCUAUGAUGUUCUGUUGAAGGACAUGUUGCCUGAUUCCUACGUAGAUCUCAUGGAUUUUGCCAAGAAAGCUCUCUGCUGGGAUCCGGAGGAAGAUGGGAAUGUAGAAAACUGGGAUGAGUUUGGAUGUGGUAUUGUUUACUGUCGUACAAGAAAUGGGUGUGGGGAGCUAGCAUAUCAGCUGUCAAAGCUAGGACUACCUACAAAGGCAUACCACGCUGGUUUAAAAACUGCUGAACGAAGCGGAAUUCAGAGUGACUGGAUGGAGGGGCGAGUACCUGUGAUAGUGGCCACCAUUAGUUUUGGAAUGGGAGUCGACAAGUCAAAUGUCAGAUUUGUAGCUCACUGGACACUACCGACAUCAAUGGCCGGCUACUACCAGGAAUCGGGCAGAGCAGGACGAGAUGGGAAGCUGUCUUUCUGUCGACUGUAUUACUCUCGCAAAGAGCGCGACACUGUAGCAUUCCUCAUUAAAACCGAUAUGCGAAGACCAAAGAAAAACAAAAAUAAAGCUGAAAUACAGGCCAAAACUUGCACAGCAGGAUUUGAUGCUCUGGUGAAAUUUGCAGAAGAAUUGAAAUGCCGGCACUGGAGUAUUGCCGAUUACUUCGGUGACGAGAAACCGGAUUGUAACAAGAACUGCGAUGUCUGUGCGGACAUCAAGCAGGUGGAGCUGAACAUGUUGAAUCUACAGCGGGGGGCGUUCGGCAGUGCGGGCCAACAGUCUGGGAGGGGUGUCAACCUCGUUCAGGAGGUUGACAAUGACCCGGAUAUGUAUGGAGGAGGGCGUAGGGGAGCCAAGAUAGAGUGGGAUGUGCAUGAUGAUAAUGAUGAUGGUACGGACAUUAAAGAGAUCCUCGAACAAAAGGCCAAAGAACAACGAACAAGACUAAUUCAAAAAGAGUUUAAGAAGAGACACAAGGAAAACAACAGCACAGCAAGUUCAGCCCAGACAGCUGAGUUUGUGAUGCCAGAUGAUGACUGUCCUCUCAGAGAUGCUGCCAGCCAGAGAAUACCAAAACUCACCGUCAAGAUUCGAGAACACUGCUUUGAGAUGUUGGAGAAAAGUCUGUAUGAGAACUUUGUUGCAUUCUACGAUAAUGAUUUCGAAAGGAUCGCUGCCCGCGACUACGAGUCGCGCUGUUGUGCUAUAGACGUGGAGCACGGUUUAUUUGAGACAAACAAGAUCGCAAACAUUUACAAAACCUCUGUGAUGAGAACGGUGUCGGAGAUCAAGAGAAACACUCAGGACAAGAAGCUUCAUUGUUCUCUACUGACAAGGUCCGAAUCCGUGACCUCGUCGACAAAUGGUGCUGAGCUGCGACAGGCGUCCAUCUCUCUGCAGACAAAGGACGUCGGAAUACUCACAAAGAACAGCAGUGCUCUGUCUUCCGGAUUACUGUCAUUCGUGGCAGCUUCAUCUCUGACAUUCUCCACUUCUAAGAAGGCAGAUCCUGUUUCCUUUCUGAGUGAUAGUUCUAAGAGUCCGUUCGGCUGUGAUGUUAAACAUUCGUCUGGUCUGUGCACCACAGGUCUGAGUGAUAAAGGUCUAAAGUCGGUAGACGACAAAGCUUCAUUACUAUGCAGUACCACUCUGAAUGACAGACUACAGACGUUGGAGAAAGCUUCCAAGUUGUGCAGCACUGGUUUGAGUGAAAGACUCAAGUCUUUGGACAGGACUUCAUUGCUGUGCAGCACAUCUCUCACUGACAGACUGAAGUCGGUGGAGAAAGCUUGUGCAGAUAGUGCUACGUCGCCAGACUUUCAGGCCAAGUGCGACCGAACCGACGAAGUCACUUCUACAACACAGCCCAAGGAAUCAUUCGUCAAAGCACCUGCACCUAAGCUUGUGUAUUUCUGGGAGAAGAAUGGUGAGAGUAAAGAGGGAAGUAACAGCAUGGCAUCUAUCAACUCUGUGUCGCCGGUCCUGGACGUGUUUCUUAAAGGACUGCCAAUCUCUUCCUCCAACAACAAAAGGCAGCAUGAGGAUCCUAUACCAUCCAGCAACAAGAAGCAGAAGACUACACCUCCAGAACAAAAGUCCCAAAUCGCACCAACCCCUGGUCUAGCAGUCAGUGAGGACAGGACUAGCGCCGGACACACUCCGGCCAAACUCCUCACCGACAGCAAGACCAGCGUAGGUCACACCACCACAUCAUCGUUUCUCACUGACCUAAAAUCCCUCCCAGAACUCAAACCAACAGAGCUGCUAACCAGAAUGUCCCCUACGGACCACCAGGGCCACCACAAGACCUCCCUGCUGGAUUUCGUCAUGUCUCCCACGGAGGUGACCCCACUGAAGGGUCAUUCGAAGGAUCAUGGUGGGUCCUCGUCCAGUGUACCCUCCAUCCUGUCAUUGAUGGAGACCGAUGGAAGUCAUGCGUCUGCGUUACACAUCCAGAAAGAUCAAACCGAGCUGAAGAGUGUGGCCGAUAUGGUCGUCAAGUAUCUCACGCCACACUUUAAGGAUGGCAGGUUUGCCAGUAAGGAAUUGUUUAAAGCUGCUGCCAGACGAAUCUCUCACAAGGUUGUAGAAACAACGAAAGGUCUGCCAACAACAGGGAGAGAAGAAGCCAAGCGGAUUGUUCGUACUUUCAUGGACAAUUGUCCAAAAGUGAAAUCAAUGUCCGACCUUGACCCCUGGCUAUAGCUGAGUGGUGAGGACCGAAUCCUACCAGACGUCUAUCAUGUAACCAAAUCCAUCAUGUAACCAAGUUAUAUUGGUCAUACUACAAUAACUCUUUUAAUACUGCCAGUUUAUUUGUCACUUUAAGUUUCUGAUAGUCUUUCAGAUGGAACAGUGGCUUCAUAGCAUUUAUUAUUUAUUCAGGUUUUACAGCUGAUUUGAACAGUUGAGGUUUGUGAAAUCAUGCAGUGAUGUUUUGUAACAGCUGAAGUGUGAUGAAUAGAUCAAACUGAUGAAAAGGGAUAGGCACGGAUGAUCUUGUCUAAAAUUACAAUACCGUAAAAGGAAAUAAUGUUCACAGGAAAAAUUCAUGCAAAAAUCAUGAAAUAAUUUGAGCGUAAAGUUAAUUCCCAGCAUGAAUAAUUGCCUUCAGUAGAGAAAGGAUAAGCGAAGAUUAGUGAUAUCAGUUAGCUCAAACACUGUAUCAUCGUUCAGCUACAGGAAGAAGGAAGGAAAUGUUUUAUUUAAGGACGCACUCAACACAUUUUAUUGAUGGUUAUAUGGCGUCGGACAUAUGGUUAAGGACCACACAGAUAUUGAGGGAGGAAACCCGCUGUC